UCGCAUUCAUUUCUAUGGAAAAAGGGUCGCUACAAAAGAGUCAUAGGAAGCAGGAACUACAGCAGUUAUACCACAGCACAACUAGAAGAGGAACUUCGACUGAUUAGAUCGGCUGUAAUAUCACAAAGACAAUGUUCUACGAGAUUGCAGAAUAAGCUGAAGGGAGUGCACAAUAGACCUGCAGGUGGCCAGACCGUGUUGUCAGUGGAGGAAGAAA